CUUUGCCUCCUUUUCCUAUGAAACUGCUCUCUCCCACAACAUCUCUAUGCUUCAUGGAUGGCGGGUACUGCUACCACAGUCUUUACAAGACCCAUGAUACUUCUACCAGCAACUGCAUCAACUCUUGGAUAUCGCACACCGCAACAGAUGCUACAGUUCUUUUCGAUGCGUUUAUCAAGCUCUGGGCUCUCCUAUCCCAUUAGUGUGUAUGGAAUACUUGCUGUUUGCGACGACUUGGACCAGCGACGGAAUUAUCUCUUUAACUGUCCUAGAGAUACUGCUGUAGAGAUUGUGAAUCAGGAAUCCUUUGACUUGCCUCUUUGUAGCCCGUGUCGAGGAAUAUAUGUACUGGACGAGGCACUACUGAUCUCUGGGUAAAGAAGGAAGGGAAUGGAUCAGCUGACAAGCAUAUACUUUCUGCAUAUGCUGAGAUUGAAGUCCGUGCAAAUUUUGAUAUUAUGCUGGGUGGUCGGAUUCCUGGUGUUGAUUGCAACUUGGACCUGACAUACAUGAUCAUUGCACGAAGUAUUGAGGCGGUAGUACAAGUCUAUGCAGAGGUUGACCAUCCUCAUCACGUGAAGUUCACUGCUUUAAGCACUGGCUAUGACGAUGAGAUUGUGCUGUUUGAUGACAAGAUAUCUGGGAGUGUGAAACUGUUCCAACAUAUUGUCGCGGUUAAGAGAAAUGAAAAUUUGGAUGUUCUUCUAAGAGUCGAUGAAUCGCUGUUUCAGUGGACUUUUCAUGAUGAGUAUGUUGGACCCGUCAGUUCUCCCGAUGAUUCAAUCCUUCAGUAUGGCCAGUUUUUUGUGAGGGUGCUUUUUGCUCCAAAGAACUCUGCAUGAAGCCCACCGCCGGCCUCCUGCAAACUGCGAUUAAGUGAAGACUCAGUUCUUCAGCUUAGCCAGUUUCUUGUGAGGCUGCUCCAAAGAACUCCACAUGAAGACCAUCGCCGGCAUCCUGACAAACUGCGGUUUAAGUGAAGGGCUGAAGGUGUCCUGUGCCUUCUACUUAGUAUAGCAUUAUAGUCCAGUGUGUUAAGCUGAACCGCUGU